AUGGCAACCGCUGAGACCGUCGACCUUACCCCUCCCCACGAGCCCAAGGAGGAGAGCAUCAAGACCUUCAAGGCCAUCGAGCACGAGCUGAAGAAGGAACUUGUCCACAUUCGCCACGACCACGACAAGCAUGAGAAGGAAUACUUCGAGGCGGUUUCUCACCUGAGCGACCAAGACCUCGCCGGCUUCUCCGAUGACGACUUCAAAGAAGUCCGCGUUGGAGUCUCCGCGUACGGCAUUCACCUGUUUGGCAAAGUCAAGAUUCCCGCCUUGCCAGAGUCUGGUCCGGCGUACAUUCACUUCCGAGCCUUCACCACCGGCAGCGACAGCGGCGAUGUCUCGAAGCUUCACAGCAUUCACACGGAGGAGAAAGAAGAUGGCAGUGGCGGUACCAAGUACAGGGCGAUCUUCACCAAGAACGACCCGCUCGAGUGGUUCGACACCUAG